UAUGUAGAACUAGUUACAAAUCAAUUGUUGUACUCAUUAUGGAGAAAGUGGAUAAUUCUGUACUAGCUAAAGUCGAAGAAGUGGACAUGGAAUUUGAUAGUUACAUGAAAGUCGAAGUGAAGAAAGAGGAAGAAGAUUCGAGAAGCAGGACUGGAGGCUUUGUAUGUCCGACAUGUGGCGAACAAAUUAUCAGUGAAAACUAUUUCAUUGAACAUGUCAGGAAGUUUCAUCAUAACGCUAAAUGCCCAAAACGGGAAUUGGAGGAUAAAUUCUCGAAAGAGUCCACUGAAGUUUCUAGAAAUGAAAACAAUAACUCUAGAUUUGAAGAUGGUAAUUUUGUUGAACAUGAUUAUGUUAAGUUUAAAAAAGAGGUGAAGACAGAAGAGGGGGAAUCUCAGGACAACAAUAUGGAGUUUCUUUGUCCUGAUUGUGGUGACACAUGUUUGGGAGAAAACACAUUUAUUGAACAUAUUAUCAGGGAGCACCAAAUUGACUAUGAUUCUCAAGAAAUAACAAUUAAUAAUCCUCAAAGUAGUUCUGAUGCCAACAUAGUCAUAAAUUCAACCUCUGGAGAUUUAAAUGCUCAUAAAAUUGAGAAAAAUUCUCAUCCCUCCAGUCAUCUGAGACAGCAUACAGGAGAAAAACCGUUUAAAUGUCCGGAUUGUUCUUAUGCAACUGCAGUAAAAUCAAAUCUUAUGAACCACCUCAAGACUCACACAGGAGAGAAACCGUUUAAAUGUCCGGAUUGUUCUUAUGCAGCUGCAAUAAAAUCAAAUCUUAUGAAGCACCUCAGAACCCAUACAGGAGAAAAACCGUUUAAAUGUCCGGAUUGUUCUUAUGCAACUGCAGUAAAAUCAAAUCUUAUGAACCACCUCAAGACUCACACAGGAGAAAAACCGUUUAAAUGUCCGGAUUGUUCUUAUGCAGCUGCAGUAAAAUCAACUCUUAUGAAGCACCUCAGAACCCAUACAAAGGAGAAACCGUUUAAAUGUCCGGAUUAUUCUUUUGCAGCUGCCCUAAAUUCAAACCUUAAAAAUCAUCUCAAAACUCACACAGGAGAAAAACUGUUUGAAUGUCCGGAUUGUUCUUUUGCAGCUGCCCUAAAAUCAAACCUUAAAAACCAUCUCAAAACUCACACAGGAGAGAAACCGUUUAAAUGUCCGGAUUGUUCUUAUACAGCUGCUCUGAAAUCAAGUCUUAUAAAGCACCUCAGAACCCAUACAGGGGAGAAACCGUUUAAAUGUCCGGAUUGUUCUUAUACAGCUGCUCUGAAAUCAAGUUUUAUAAAGCACCUCAGAACCCAUACAAAGGAGAAACCGUUUAAAUGUCCUGAUUGUUCAUAUUCAACUGCUCGUAAAUCAUCCCUCAAUGCUCAUCGGAAAACACACACAGGAGAAAAACCGUUUAAAUGUCCAGAUUGUUCUUAUGCAGCUGCUCAAAAAUCGAACCUUAAAGACCAUCUCAAGACUCACACAGGAGAAAAACCGUUCAAAUGUCCGGAUUGUUUAUACACUGCUUCUAGAAAAGACACUCUGAAGUUUCAUCAGAAAACUCACCAAAAUUGAAUGUAUCCACAGAUUUAAACUUUAAACUGCCAAAUUUUCACAAUUUAUAAAAUCCUCAUUUAUGUUGGUCCAACAUAAAUGAGGAUUUUAUAAAGACACCAUUAAUUACAUCCAACAUUGUUGGAUGUAAUUAAUGGUGUCUCAUCAUAUGGAAUAAACAAUAGUUUUGUCUAUUUCUACACUCCAGCUCUGAGCUCUGUGAUAACAAUAAGAUGUUUCAGAGUCUUUGCUAAAAUAGCAGGGUCCCCUGGCCCUGUGUAUAAGUGCAUUUCUGACCAAACAUUUAAGUAAUUCACAAACUUUUUAUUUAAACUUUAUUAAAAGAAGUAUAAAACUGUAUGCCUCCCUUACUUUUGACACUACCAUGACCAACCUGUUGUCAUUUUACUCCAAAAUGGUUCUAUACUUCUUCAAAUUUUUACCCUGUUAAUAAUUGUACAUAAUUCUGACGAAAUGUCAAAGUGGGUAUCUAUGUAAUUUUCGUAAUAAUUUAAUGGUUACCUUCAUGCCCACAGUUCAAUGUUUUAACCCACCAUACCAAUAUACCAUACUUUAUAUACUCAUUAUCUUAUUAUCUAUAUACUAUUAUAUGUUUUGAUUCUUAGUCCUUAGAAGAGCACUCUAUUAACUUCUUAACAGUUUUUGACUGAUUUUUGACUGUCCUGCACAGCAGAUCGAAGCAUCUUUAAAUUAUUUACUACUUUGAUUGUAUUGCUGUGUAAAUUUGACUCUAAUUUUAAUUAUAAUUCUACUGCAGUCUUUAUUUUUUAGAAUUGAACAGAUUUGUUUAAUAUUUAAAUCAGGGGUAUCUGAGUAGGGAUCAUGAUCAUUAAGCUGGAUAUGUUAACAGUUUUAAGUAUUUUCAUUGUGCCGCUUUUUCAGGACCUGUUUUUUUGACAUCAUAACUGCAAAUAACGUUUAGAUCUUAAUGCUUGAUAGAUGAUGCUAGAUACAUAAUCUUGGUUUUGUAGCAAUAUUUGUGUUUAUUUCUUAGA